AUGGAUCUGAGAGUGGGCAACAAGUUCAGAAUCGGUCGCAAAAUCGGCUCCGGUUCCUUUGGUGACAUCUAUCUCGGCACCAAUAUUGUUACGGGUGAAGAGGUUGCUAUCAAGCUAGAAUCAGUAAAGGCAAAGCACCCACAGCUUGAAUAUGAAGCCAAAGUGUACAGAGCCUUGCAAGGCGGUGUCGGUAUUCCCUUUGUACGGUGGUUUGGCGUUGAAUGCGACUAUAAUGCCAUGGUCAUUGAUCUCAUGGGACCAUCACUUGAGGACUUGUUCAACUUUUGCAAUCGCAAGUUCCAACUCAAGACUGUGUUGCUUCUAGCAGAUCAGAUGCUUUCCCGCAUCGAGUAUAUUCACUCCAAGAACUUUAUUCAUCGCGACAUCAAGCCUGACAACUUUUUAAUGGGCAUUGGCAAGCGAGGCAACCAGGUGAACAUUAUUGAUUUUGGUCUGGCCAAAAAGUACCGCGAUCCACGAACACAUUUGCAUAUCCCUUAUAGGGAGAAUAAGAAUCUUACUGGCACUGCACGUUAUGCGAGCAUUAACACACAUUUGGGUGUUGAACAAUCACGGCGAGACGAUUUGGAAUCGUUAGGAUAUGUGCUCAUGUACUUUUGCCGUGGCCAGUUGCCAUGGCAAGGACUGAAGGCUGCGACCAAGAAGCAAAAAUACGAUCGCAUCAUGGAAAAGAAGAUGACGACGCCCACCGAAUUGCUGUGCCGUGGAUUUCCCAGCGAAUUUGCAAUUUACCUCAACUACACGCGCUCGUUGCGGUUCGACGAUAAGCCUGACUAUAGCUAUCUGCGCAAACUGUUCCGGGACCUCUUUGUACGAGAAGGCUACCAAUACGAUUACAUGUUCGACUGGACAUCUUACAAGUUGGUAAGGAGAAAUGGUCAGGGCAUGGGAAAGAAUUGGAUGAGGAAGAUGUUAUAUGUUUUUCUUGUGGCUAAACGAACAUUAUCUUGA